GCCCAGCGUUCAUAUGGAAUCCAUGGCGACGUGUGGCAGAGGCUGUUUCCAUGACCUCUAAAUUGAAGCGCUCGGACUUACCAUUUCAGCAAUCUCCACUCUCGGUUCAAUCAUCCCGAAUACCUCAACUUCGACAACCUUGACUGGCGAAGUCACUGAAGAUAAGGAGCAAACAAGCCUUUACAAAAAAAACGCUUGAUAGAUACAUCGACAAUUUUCACCUCACUCAGGUGAAGAAUUGGCAACAUGGCAGCGAUGUUGGCAUGCAGCACAGCCCACGCGCUAUGCAAUUCACCUGUUGCCCAAACACGAACCUCUGGGGAGUUAUUCACUUCUUCAAAUUGCAGACUCCACUUGCGCGAACAGCUCGUGAAGAAGCUUUCGUUCAAACUAAUCGGAAAACAAAGUAUCGUGCCUAUGAUGCGUGCUUCAAACAGCGACAGUAUCCGUGAGCUCGCCUCCGAGAAGGCAGUGGAGUCCAGUAAGCAAGUCGCCGAAGACGCUAACCGGCUCGCCAACGGGCAGAGCCCUGUAGUAUUGGACGCCAAGGCAGAAGACGCUUCCGACACUGCUUCUUACACUCCCGACGUACGGGAGAAGGUCGUGGACGUUGCCUCCGACAUGUCUGUGGAUACCACAGCCGACGUCGAUGAGCUUGCGAGGAAAGACGCUGAGCCUCUGGCUGAAGAGUUUGGCUACACCGUUGAAGACACUGCGAAUGCGUUGGAGAACAAAGCCGAGGAAGUUGGCGAGAGGGAAGUGAAGAAGGAGUCUGCGUAAUUUACUCUCUUCUUCAAGCCCUAGAUUUCUGAAUGAGUUCAUACACAUGACUACCGGCCUCAAUCAACCACUGGACAAUGUCUUUGUAUGAUUUGUGAAAAAUUAGCACAGCAAGCUCCUAGGUAGGAGCUGGCCAGUGCCUUGUAAUCCAUUAGAGCAAUUUUAACACCAAUUUGCGGCAUUCCGAGGGGUGCCAUGUUGUGUAUUCGGGGCAUUUUCGGUUUGUGGUAACAAUAGGACACACGAGAUGGUCUUGCUUAGCAGACAACUAGAGUGCCUGUUGCUAGUGACGGCCAUUGAUGUUGUGGAGGCGCCGAGGCGAAGGAGGGUGAGGGCGGAAGCUGCACACAAAUCCAAAUAAAUGUUUCUCACCAUUGCCUGGAAAAGAAGCAUAACAGAAUUGGUAGGCGCAUCGGUCCUUCCAGCCCUCUCCCGCUCACCACGCCGAUCAAGCGUCUGUCACCGUUCCCUUCCCCCUUGCCCAUGCUUCUGGGCACAAGUGACCUACAACUAUCUAUUUCCACCUCGAACUCCUCACAUUGCAACCCUAUAACAUUCUUCAUUGCAA